CUGCCGAGCGCGUCGGUUCACUGACAGUAAUGUGUUGUGUUGCGUUCCGUUACGAAAAAACAUCAUUGUAAAACCAUAGUGUUGUGGAUAUUGUGUACAUAGUGAGAUUGUGCUAUUUUGGCUGGUGAUGUUCUGUGUUAUGUUUGCUAAAGUGUCGGAUUUGUCUUGAACAGUUUGGAACGGGUACCGCCUGCGACGGACGCCUUUUCUCUCGAUCACGGGAUAUCAUUAAGAUUCAACAAGAAAAUGAGGCGAGCUGAGCACACGAGAAAAUGAAUAAAACCAACACUAUGAUCGAAGAAGGAGGGGUGCCGAAACCUCUCGAAAACAAAAUACUAACAAAGAGAAAGAGUCUUCUAGAUAUCAAAAAUCUUCUAGAAGACAGAGGAGGCCAUGUCAAUGAUAGAGAUAGGAGUAGUAUGGAGAAGGACAAAUUUAGUAGUGUUUCGGAUUUAGACAAUAGUUGUAGUUUUGGUGAAAUUAGUGUUAAUAGUUUUAAUGGCCGGUGUUGGAGGUUUAAGACGAUACUGUUGGUUUUAUUAGUGACGAUAUUCGUGGAUACGAGACUGCAAGCUGAGGCGAGAGGUUCAGAACCCCGGUACGAGACAGCAUAUGCAUGCGAGGGAAAAACGUUGAAGAUUGGAUGCGGAGAAGGCUCUGUGAUACAUUUAAUACGGGCCAACUAUGGAAGGUUCUCGAUCACCAUAUGCAAUGACCAUGGCAAUACCGACUGGAGUGUCAACUGCAUGUCGACGAGGAGUUUACGAGUCUUACACAGCAGAUGUAGCAUGCAUCAAAACUGCAGUAUAUUGGCCAGUACGAAUAUGUUUGGAGAUCCAUGCCCUAACACAUUGAAAUAUUUAGAAGCCCAUUACCAGUGUGUACCAGCAUCAACAACAAGUACGACAAGCCGACCAUCACCGCCUUGGUUGAUUACAUCACAACCAACCGUGUGGCGGUCUACUGCAUCAACAGUUCCUAAGAAUCCGGUGCUCACCCAGCAAGAGAAGAAGAAACCGACAGUGAUCACCCCGCCUACAUUCAGACCACAUAUCACUUUACCACCUGAAGUGCAACUCGGGAAUAUUGGGACAAAGAAGACAACAACUCGGCAGCCAGACUCGUCGUCAGAAGUGGAUCCACAAAUUCCAUUGGAUAUUGCUCCAGUUAUAAAGGAAGACACGCAAAAGACUGAAUCAGAUAUAACUAACAUUGACAAACCGAAGGAAGAAGAAAACGAACCAGCUGCAGUAACUGACGAGACGCUGCAGUGGGUGCCAAGGGAUGAGGAUUUAGAAGCCACACCUUCAGCACAUAUCCCAGCAAAAGGACAUCGACCUGAUCUUCUUGAAGAUGAUUUCGCUAAAGUUUUCUCUACAAGUGCAACACCAGCUCUGGGUCGGAGGGCAUACUGCCAACAAGUGAACGCACGAGGACUUCAUUGGAAUUGGACCAUGGCUGGUACAUAUGCUGUUCAGCCAUGUCCUGGAGGAGCAACUGGACUGGCCCGAUGGAAAUGCACGCUAAGUACUCAUCAGCACAUAGAAGAAGAGCAUCCUAGGCGUCGGGUUUCAGGACUGCAAUCUGGAGAGAACUAUCACGACUUGGGGCUGGAUCAGCCAAACGAAAGACAACUACAACUUAUCAGGCGACUAGGCUCUGAAGCAUUACUAAAAGGUCGUGAUGGCGACUCUCCAGAGCAUUUAAUUGACUACCGAGGGAACGCCAACGUUCCUGAUGCUGCAGCUUCCACCCACAACCUGCCUUCAAAUGGAGACUAUGUUUACACCGAUGCAAUUCCAGAAUGGCACGAACCUAAUCCAGAUUUAAGCGAAUGUCGAUCUGUUUGGUUGAAUAGCUUAGAAGCAAGAGUAAGAGAAGGCGAGUCUCUUCUUAGCAUCAGUAACGACCUGGCUCAGGUGACGUCAUCAAAGACUCUGUACGGCGGUGAUAUGAUGACAACAACGAGUAUUAUGAAGAAGUUAGCACAGAGAAUGUCACAGAAUGUUCAAACAUUUCCCGACCCUCGACAGAAGGAAGCCAUUGUCACUGAUAUGCUACUGGGAGUGAUAAAGACAGGAUCGAAUCUUCUAGAAGAAAGUCAACGUGCCUCGUGGUCGGAUUUAAGCGUGGAUGCUCAGAACAGAGUUGCCAGUGCACUGCUCACUCAGCUAGAAGAAAACGCAUUCUUACUGGCUGACGCUGUAACCAAAGAAAAGACAAUACUGCAAAUUGUUAAAAAUAUAUGUCUUUCCGUUCGUGUUUUGGAAGUAAAGAAUGUGGAGGAUGAAACGUUUCCUUCUCUCAUAGCACAAGAGCAGUGGAAGGCUUCUGAAGAUACCAUCACCAUUCCCAAAGCUGCUUUAUUAGAAAACCAUCAGGUAGACCUCGUUCGGAUUGUGUUCUUCGCUUUCGAUCGUCUGGAAGAGAUCCUGCCGCCAACAUUCGGGAAGACUCCACAGUUUGCCGCUUAUAACUCUGAUCCUGCAUCAUCAAUUAGCAUUAACUCUGAGAAGGAGAAGAAAAAUGUUACUAGAGUUCUUAACUCAAAGGUGAUAUCAGCCAGUUUGGGCAACGGUCGGCAUAUUCAGCUAUCCCAAAUGGUAAAGCUAACCAUGAAACAUCUAAAGACAGAAAAUGUAACCAACCCGGCUUGUGUCUUUUGGGAUUAUACAUUGCAUGGUUGGUCACCAGAAGGUUGCCAAGUGGAGUGGUCCAACCUCACACACACCGGCUGUGCCUGUUCUCAUCUAACCAACUUCGCGAUACUAAUGGACGUUCACGGCGUUUCUAUUGGCGCAAAACACGAAAUGGCGUUACGGCUGCUUACGUUCAUUGGCUGUGCGAUAUCUGUGGUCGCGUUAUUGGCCGCCAUUUUGGUUUUUCAGUGCUUUAGAAAUAUGAAGUCGGACAGAGUGCUGAUACACAAAAACCUGUGUGUUUGCCUGCUGAUAGCCGAGGUUGUGUUUAUGUGUGGCAUUGAUCAAACACAAGACAGGAUAGUCUGUGGGGUCAUUGCCGGCCUCUUACACUAUUUCUUCUUGGCAGCCUUCGCUUGGAUGUUUCUGGAAGGUUUCCACCUAUACGCAAUGUUGGUAGAGGUAUUCGAACCCGAGCGACCUAGAGCUCGUUGGUACUGCAUUGGGGCCUACCUGUCUCCAGCGGUGGUGGUUCUGGUCUCCGCAGCUGCAUAUCCGCCAGGGUACGGCACUCCCACUCACUGCUGGUUGUCCACCGACAGAUACUUUGUUAUCAGCUUUGUGGGACCCGUCGCUGUUGUGCUACUCGCGAACUGGAUAUGUCUAAGCAUGGUUAUAUACAUGAUGUGCAAUCAUUCGACUGUUUCCAUCAAAGCCAAGGAGAACUCUAAAUUAUACAAAAUAAGGGUAUGGCUGAACAGUUCCGUGGUGCUAGCCUUCUUGCUAGGCCUCACCUGGACGUUCGGCCUGCUGUACAUCAACGAGCAGUCUGUAGGCGUGGCGUACGCGUUCACGAUACUCAACUCAUUACAGGGACUCUUUAUAUUUAUCUUCCAUUGUUUGCAGAACGAAAUUUUCCAGAAAGAGUGCGCUCGUCUCGGAAGGCGUCACCCGUGGCUCUCUUGCUGUCUCUACUUCGCGCAGAGCUCCCAGCCUCUUGCCCACAACGCGCCCACGGCUUCUUCAUCCAACCACGUGGAUACCAGGCAGGGCUCCGUCAAGAGUCGGAGGUACCACCAGAGCACAGUCGACACGGAUGAUGUAGUGGAUCCUCGGGAUGUCUCUAGCUACAAAUUGCAACCGGAUUCAAGAUGGAAUAUACGACCGACGGCACCAAUAUACGUUCCGAACGACGAUAUAAGAAAUGCGCGUACUCCAACGCCGCAAAACAUACCGCAUAGCUCGUCGCAUACUCAAAGUAUAGCGUCGAUGCACAGCUACAGAAACAAUAUUGACGUACCGAGCGAUUACCAGAAUCUUCGAUCUCGGUCGCCAUCUUGUUAUUCAAACAAAAUGGCGGCGUCUAUUGGCGCGAACGACUGGGCUUUAAUGGCGAAUGCUGGAAACAAUGCUUGGAAGAACACUUCUUCUAAGCCCCACCCCGGGAGCGCCGCGACUCUUCCCCACCACGACACGUUGUCUCGACAGCUUCAGCAGAACCACAUCCACGGACCUUACGCCGAAUGUGACGCCGCACAUGCCCCUCCCUCCCCUCGACACGUCAUCAAGGACGAGGAAAGUCCCCUGCAUUACCCUCAAGGAUACCAAACCACUCGAAGCUACAAUCAUGACUUCAGGAAUCCGCACGUCUUCAUAUCGCAGCACGCCCCUGGAAGUCAAGAGAUGAUUUUUCGGAAGCACUACAAAGACGAGAACCGCAGAAAACACCAUCAUCACCAUGGAAGCCAGAACGUGAAUCACACUUACUCGGAGAUCGCUUCCCAACAAGGCAGGAUCUAUCGACGCGGUUCUGAAGAGUUUCGAGUGAUCCAAGACGAUCCGGUUUACGAAGAGAUAGAACGGAACGAGACGAUGAUGUCGGAUGUGUCCGACGAUAACUCCGGACCGGAUAAUUGUCGGCAGAAUCCGGGACAUCACGGUUCGACGAGCUCCAAAUUCUUUGGAGACCAUCGUCCUUUAAUAUCGUAUAGCCCUGGUGAAAGACUUCAUCACGACCCAGAGCAUUACGGCAAAUAUGGCAAAUGGGAUGCCCUGGACAGAUCGUAUGAUACAAGGCAUGCGUACGAAAGUGGAAGGUUAAUGCAUCCCUAUCAUCAGCCGCAAGAGAACAACAUGCGGGCGUUGGCUGCCGUUCUGAACGGAGAGAACAACGUAGUUUGUCAUUUGGAGCCUAAUAACUCCUACGACGUGUAUCCCCAAGGCGGGAACCCAAGGACUGUAUCGCAGCCGAGUUUUUAAAUUCCUAAAAUAUCUAUUUUUGAGUGUUAGUGACCGUGCAGUGUACAGAUAGUAAAUUUUCUAUGAACCGUAGAGCAUAGAACACUCUAGGCAUAAACUUACGUGAUAGUACUUGUAGAAAACUUGCCAUAACGCGAACUCUUACGUAUAUUAUAUUUAUAGACAUUUAGAUGUAUUGUUAAAUUUAAAUCACUCUUUCCACUGUGAUCCUAUUUAAAUAUAACGGCUCAAGUUUCAAGCUGCGACCAUUUUGAUUUGUAACCGAGGACUAUUAGCAACUCUUGUAUAUAAUAAUUAUUAGUCCUAGAUUGACUCCGGUGUGACCUUUUCUAUCCUUUAGUUUAGAGCGCGUGCGCUUAAUCGAUUUUGUUAUCCGUACAAUACUUUGUAUUUUAAUAUAAUGUGGUAUUUAUUUAAAAAAAACAAGGCGACCUAAAUGCAAGUUCUGGAAAAUGUUAUCGAGACUGUCGAAUAAUGUUAAUAAUUACAAAUAAAUUCAAUUGUAAUAUGUAAUUGAUCUGUCGACUUAAGUAACGCUUUGGCACGUCCGUCUGUUGUAAUCUAUAUUUGAUACCUAUACUAAUAAACGCACGCGCUCUAUUUAUUGCCUUGUACACUCCUAAGGAUUCUACUCAUGACAUAAUGUAUCUAUGGUUAUUAGUAGGUACGAAUAUCUGUGAUGUGUCAUUUUAUGCUUUAGUUUAAGUUUGAUGUACAUUCAACUUCACUGCCAUAAACAUUUAUAAUUUCUUCGGCAGCUCUUAUAUUUCGAUCGAGAAAAUCCAUCCAACCUUUAUUAGACUGACCCACUGAAUGUUGUGCACUUUGUAAAUUAGUUAACUAGCGUUUUAUUAACAUUUCUACGUAUUGUAGACUUCUUAAACGCCAUGAAAUAACUAUGUAUUAAGGAAUUGUUUUAUCGUAGUAAGAUUGUAACCUGGUUCUUAUUUCUUGUAUAUUUUGAGUCGUCUAAGCAAUAAUACAGACUGAAGUAUUGUAUAAAUAGUUGGUUAUGAACGCUAACGUUUAUAAAAUACUUUAAAGGGGCUAAAAGAUGCUAAUGGUAGGCGCGCGUAAUAUUUUCGGUCAUUGUCUCUGAUGCCGACAUUGGUUUUAGUGAGAGUGACACGGAGAACUGACGAAAGCAUUUGAGUGAAGGAGAAAGAUAAGGGUCAUUGACCGAAAUUGUUUUAACCGCGCGAUGUCACUAAAGGCAUGGUUAUAUUUUGUAUCUAGGUAUACUAGUCUAUCCCCUUAUGUAAAGUUUGUCAUGUAUUAUGUUAUUUUUGUUUUAUUGUAUUUUAAUAACGUUGAAUAUGUAAAGUAGAAGGAACAGAAUUUGUAAAUAAAUUAAAGUUUAUAUAAAUAAAGAGUGGUUGUUCUGUGAGGAUGGCCGCGGAAUUUAAAA